CCCUCACUCUGAGGCCGAGCUGUUCUCUGGAGGAUCCGUCAGGGAGGCGUCAUUUCUGGGCUGCGCCACACGCUGUUUGAGGCCUGAGGACCUGAAUCACGGAUCCUCUCCGUCUAUAACGCCUGAAAAAACCGGUUCAGACCGCGAUUAACGGGGGUUAUCCGAUCACGAAGGCCCGAUUAUUCCGAUAUUUUCUUUGUUUUGGUGACACCUCGUGCCGGAUGGGAGCCGUCGCCCAUUUCAGCACCACCCUGCUGGACAGCGACCAGACCCACCGAACCAAACCCCGGUCAUUUUUCUGUCAAUUUAAGCUCCGGGUCUUUGGUAAGGGGUUAAUGAUGUGGAUCUAAUAAUUUCAGGAGGAUUCAGGCUGAAAACAAACACGCGCACACACACACGCACUGACACAGCGCGCACACACACACUCACCGAACAUAUGGAUGUGUCCCUUGGUGAUGGGGUUGAAGCUGCCGCAGGACAGCAGGAUGACGUGGGUUUUGGUGGUUUCUGUCAUGGUUCCGGUCGGUCUCUGUCUCUGAUCUCGUCCUAUGUCCCGGUCCGGUCCGGUCCCGGUCCUGUAAGGGUCUGAGCACCCGGGUCGUCGGUUGUUUUCUCGCAGGCAGAGCAGCCGCAGAGAGAGGAGAGAGGCGAGGCUGGAGUGAGUGUGUGUGUGUGUGUGUGUCUGCGGCAGGAAACAACGUCAGAGACACACACACACACACACACACACACACACACACACACACACACACACACACACACACACACACACACAGUAACAUGACUAAUACACUAAUCAUGUUCAGGUAAUGGGAUCAUUAGAGAAAAUCUGAGACGUUUCAUAUUUUAGUUCAUAAUUCAGUCUGAAUAUUUAAAAUAAAACUAAAACAAAAUAAUAAACUCAAAGAAACAGAAACUGAGGAUUUACAGUUACAGUUAUAGAGUUGUUGGAUAGAGUGAAAAAAUAUCAGGUGUGAAUAAAAAAGAAAAUAAAUCAUUAAUUUAAAGACUUGUUCAUGUUUCAUAUAUGGAGAGAUUAUCAGGAGAGUAGGGGAGACCGGGGCUUGUUGUCACAUGGGUAAGUUGUCACAUUGCAGUUAUCUUUGCCACCAGAGGGCGCAAUAAAAAAGUGGACCUUUACAUGGUCAGGGGUUGUAUCCUGUCUGAGAAGAGAAGAGAACAUUGUGAGCUGAGAUGAGCGACAAUUACCGUAUUUAUCGGACUAUAAGGCGCACUUAAAAUCCUUAAAUUUUCUCAAAAAUUGACAGUGCGCCUUAUAAUCCAGUGCGCUUUAUGUAUUUGUUGUUACAACUGAGUUAAAGUUUGAUUCAUCGGACUGUGUUUUUUUGCUUAAUGUGUUUAUAAUCCGGUGCGCCUUAUGGCCUGAAAAAUACGGUAACCAUUUCCCACAACCCAAAGUAAGAAAAAAUGACUUUAUAUAUUUUAAAAUAAUCUUCUUCCAGAUAAACAUGUGAAUGCAGUGAAACAUGUGAACUUGUUAGAGGAGAGAUGAAUUCAUCCUGUCAGACCUCAGUCAUUGUUCUGUUUUAAUCUAACUUUAAUCUAGAGCUUUAAUUAACAGACAUGGUAGUUUAGGUCAACAUGUCUCAGUCAUUUUGGGGUUAGUUUUCACAUGUUUAAAAGGGAUUAAAAUUAACAUAGAGAGUCUGAUUAUCAGCAGUCGUCAUACUAAAACUUUGAUUUUAUUUUACAGAGAACAGAGUGAUUUAAAGGAGAGGAGAAAAAGGGAAAGACAAUGACAUGAUGCUGAGGACAGUCAGACAGUUGAUCCUCGAUAAUAAAUCAAUCUGGAGGAUAAUAAAGACUUUAAUGUCAACUACCUUAGCUCUGUACUGUAAAACAUUCACCCCAGCUGAAACAGAGUCAGACAGAUCUCCAAACUCCAGAGCAGGUUUAUAAUAUUUUAAAUGUUUAUGUUUAUGUUUAUGUUUAUGUUUGUUUAUGUUUAUUCAGCUUUCAGCAUGAUCACAUGUUCUGUGUCUGACUUUAAUGUUCACUUUACUGUAAAAAAUGAGAACAAUAAUAAUGUAUAGUAGUUUUAGUAGUAUAGUUUUUGUUUUAUUAGCUGUAAAAUCCACUGUGACAUCUUACCCCAUGUAGUGAGACAACUUACCUGAUGGUGGCGCAACAUGUCACAUGAUCACACUCUCUAUUUGAUGGUUAUAACUCUGCACUGACACUAGAUAUGAAAAUGACAUGAAUAUGAAAAAUAAACCUGAGACUUUGGUCUGUAGUCUGGAACAUGUUUUGUUUAUAUCUGAUGAAUUGAUUCAAAGAAAUAUAUAGGAAUGUAAAAAGUGUGACAACAAGCCCCGGUCUCCCCUACACCCUCUAUUAUUGUUGUUAUAGUAAAAGGGUAUUUCGACUGCACUUGGCACUUUUUAUUUGUGUCAUAGUGAAAUGGUGUCUGGAAGUUUCUUUUCUAACAUUCUGAACUGGAAGAACUGAAACUUUUUAAAGUCUGAUCAAUUACAAGAAAAGCCCAGAAAAGCCUCUAAAAUGUCAUCAAACAUCAGAACUUCUCGUUGAGUCAUUGGAUCUUCGGGUUUCACAGAAAAUGAAACCGUUUUCUCUGUUCCUGCUUUUCUCUUUCAUUUCUGUGUGUAGGAUCAUUUUCUCUUUUUUCUCUUUGGAGCUCAACAGCGCCCUCUGGCUCCAGAAGAAAAAAUAUAACCUAAUAACACCAGAGACUGCUUUGAGACAUCCUUUUUAGAAAUCAUGGACACUGCAUCCUCCUCUCUAAAGAGUCGAGGGACCACAGCUCCCGGUCCAAAACCAGUAUCCCUGAAGGUCACAGGUGUCUAAAGGUAACCAUGACUCCAUUUCAGCUUUUCAAAACACGCAGUGGGCCUCGAUCUUAAAAUGACCAAAUAUUUUUCACAAAAUACUUUUUUUUCACCAUAAACAUGAAAGUACGGGGGCUGAGAACCGCCACCGCUGCAAAUAAAAAAAAAGUGCAAAGAAAGAGAUCACAACGGAAGUUACCAAUUUAAAAAAAAGAGAGAGAAACUGAAGCUCGCUGCAAACAAAAACAAAAAAAUGGUGCAGAUUAUUUAAAAAAAAAAAAAAAAAAGAAAGAAAAGAAGCUAUUUGCUGCGAAAAUAAAAGGAUGCAAACAAAAAAGCCACAACUGAAGUGAGCUGCCGGGGACCAAAAAUGUGAAGGGGUCUGCGAACUUAUUUAUAUGAGUAAAGCAACCGAACCGUAGCUAACACGACACCGACAUCCUCCAGUUUAACUUCAUAUGGACUCAAGCGCUACAUGGUCUUACCAUGACCCAUUAAAAAGUUUACAAAGUGAAAUUAAACAAUAACCUUUCCAUUAACGUCUUUGGUCGUCUUCUCACCGUCGUCUUCUGUACCUAGAUCAUAAAACAUCGGCGCAUCAUCAUUAUUGGUCCCCGACAGCUCACUUCCUUUGUGGCUUUUUUAUUUGCAUCCUUUUGUUUUCGCAGCAUAGUUUUUUUUAAUUUAUUUUUUUAUUAUUUUUUUUUUAUUUUGAAUUGUGAAUCUUUCUUGCUUCAGUUUUUUAUCUGCGCCGUUUUUUUUUUUGUUUUUUUUUAUUUGCAUUGUCGAAUUCUGUUGUGGCCUUUUUUUUUUUUUUUUUUUUUUUUUGCACUGGCGGUUUUGGACCACCGUAUCAAACGAAUGAUGAACGAAGAACAAAAUCGUUUUCUUUUCUCUCUCUAUCUCACCCCCCCCCCCUCCCCCCUCCUCCUCUGUGGGUCAGACAGGAACAAUAUGGCGCCGGGUGGUGGAGCGUUAGCUUCUGCUCCCGUCGUCGAUGUCUGACAGUCUGUUUAUCCGGCAGGAUGAACCUCUGCGCUCAGUAUCUGCGGUAAGCUGUGGUCGGGGUCCUCUCUUUAGCCCCCCGGUGGUUCAUGUGUUGUUAUAAACGGACACGUUAUCCCGGCAGGUAGAUUGUUUUGUUCGAGUUGCUAAUGCUAAAGCUAACUGGCUCGGGGACCACCCCCCUUUGCUAACCGUUAGCGUUAGCUUAGCUUCACAUAUCAACAAACUAUCGACGCCGACACCGAGCCUCAAUUCAGCCGAACCAGCGACAUUUUUGACUCAAUAUGGAGAAAAUGGACGUUUCCUUAUCGAUUAUUUGUUGAGUGAAAGUUUGAAUGUGUGUUUACCGCCACAGACAGACAGACUGUGUUUACUCUGUGUUAGCUGUUAGCAUUAGCACGCUGGCGUCUGUCUGCGUAUGUCAGGUUAGCAUCAAUGUUGUGAUUCUGUGAGGUUAUACUCUGGAGUAUUGAGAGUUACAGGCUCAGUGUUAGGAGUUAGAGGGUCUGUGUCAGUCUGUUUGUGUAGUUUAGAUGUUAAAGUGUUGGGAUUGUUUAAGUGUGUGAAGUUAAAAGAGCUAACAUGAUAAUAAAUGAGGAUGAUUCUCACCUGUGGAUCCAGGUAAAGGUCUCAGUCUGUCUCCUCCUGUCUGUCUGCUCUGAUCUGAGCUGUUCAAUGACUGAAUGAAGAAGGUGGUUUAAGCAGCAGGACCGUGAAGAGCUGAUGAGGAAGAGUGUGUGUGUGUGUGUGUGUGUGUGUGUGUGUGUGUGUGUGUGUGUGUGUGUGUGUGUGUGUGUCUGAUGGAUCAGUCUAACCCCCCCUCUCUUUUCUCUCUGUUUGUAUCUGAGCAGACAGGCAGAGGCCCUGAAGGCUGACAUGACAGGUAGGUCUGCACCAUCACCUCACACCUGUUCUCACCUGUUCUCACCUGUGCAGCUCUCAGGUCUGCUCUGUGAAGGAGGGGUUUGGGUUUUAAAACAGAGACGUGUUCAUGAGGGUGGUCAGAAUCUAGGUUGACUGCUCACAGAUGAAACUCUUUAUUUCACGAUCGUCUGUAUUAUGUGUCAUGAACCUCCCUGGGUUUACAGGACACCCUGACAUGCAGAUGUAGAGAACAUCUGCAGAAAGGUUCCUCUCCUAAAACACAGCUCAAGUUUUUUUUUUUACAAUCAACCAACCAGAGGAGAUCAUCACGAGUUGAGAACAUUUAAUCACAGAACAAACUUGAUGAGGCAGGAGAAGAAAACCUGAAUCUCAUGGUCAAACUUUCCUCAGAGGUUCCUGUUUCUCUGCAGCUGAAGUUCUUCUGUUUCCUCUGUUUGUGUGUCAGACUCAAAGCUGGGGGCUGCAGAGGUGUGGACGUCUCGGCAGGCCCUGCAGGACCUGUACCAGAAGAUGCUGGUCACGGACCUGGAGUACGCUCUGGACAAGAAGGUGGAACAGGACCUGUAAGCCGCUCCGCCUGCUCCAUCACUGUCAGGGAACAAAAGAGGGAGUCCUCUCUUCACUCAGUCCUGAUUCUCUUGUUUACAAUCUUCCUGCAGGUGGAAUCACGCUUUCAAGAACCAGAUCACCACUCUGCAGAGUCAGGCCAAGAACAGGGCCAACCCCAACCGCAGCGAGGUCCAGGCCAACCUGUCCCUGUUCCUGGAGGCUGCCAGUGGCUUCUACACCCAGGUGAGAACGAGACGAAGAGUUCAGAAGUUAACGAAGAUCUAAUCCUCCAAACUACGAUAAUAAUCAAUAUCUAAAUCAUCACGCUGACUUCAUCUGAUGAUUGGUCCAAAUGUGUCUCUGUCGUCUCGUCUUCAGCUGCUGCAGGAACUCUGCACCGUCUUCAACGUGGACCUGCCGUGUCGCGUCAAGUCGUCGCAGCUCGGCAUCAUCAGCAAUAAACAGAGCAGCAGCAGCGCCAUCGUCACGCCGCAGCCCAGCUCCUGCUCCUACAUCUGCCAGCACUGCCUCGUUCACCUGGGAGACAUCGGUGAGGAGACACACCUGAGAGGAGAGCCUCCUCAUGUUCUCACAGAGUCACUCAGACACUCACAGUCCGCUCUUUCUGUGUUUCAGCUCGGUACCGGAACCAGACCAGCCAGGCGGAGUCCUACUACAGACAUGCAGCUCAGCUGGUCCCAUCCAACGGUGAGAGUGACCUCUGACCUCUGAAGGGGGUUUGAACCGAUGUGAUCAGAGGAAACGAUCAAUCCUGAGUUUGGACUUUUUAUUUGACUGUGACCUCCGAUUUUAACCUUCAUCCUGAUCGUCUCCUGAAAGGUCGUAUCCUCCGAUCGUAGCUGAUCGUAACCAUUCAAGUUAACGUGUCAAUUUACACCGACUUCUUUCCGUUCCUCUGCGGAUCGCCGGACUCCUCAGCUGAUCACAAGAAGCAUGGCGGAUAAAUUCAGCGCAGAUGAACCCGUGCUGGAAAGGCUGAAACAUCUGAAUGAUCGCUGUUGUCCUCUGAAUGUAAAACCGUUUUUCUCCAGCAGUCAUGUUGAGGAGUUUGUUAAAGCGGUUUACCUGUCCAGCAGAAAGGUUACAGGGUCACCAAGAUCCCCAAGCGUCCCCCAUCGUUUAUGUUGACCCGGCUUUUUAGCUCUUGUCCGGUCUACCUCCGUUUUAAGCGCCCGUUAUUCCUCCAGAGUCUCCGGUAUUUACUUUGUUUUCUCGCUUGUGUCGGCAGUCGUGGCCAAAGGAGGAUUCAGACAAUUUUCCGAACUUUCUGGUUGGUUUCUACUGUCCGAUAUUGUAGCACGCUAACUUUGUUUGGGCUCCUGAACGACACGGGGGAGCAGCGUCUGCCUCACAACCAAUCAGGUUAGAGGAGGUGGAGAACGGCUUUGUUUACAGUCAGAAAGAGCGGACCGCUCAAAAAUGUUCAAAUGUUGACGACACAGACAGAAGAGAACACAGAGAUAUCGAUAUAUUACCAAAUAAUCAAUAACUAAUAACUAUUGACUGAUAUUAGAAGGUUUUUUGCUUCUUUAAGGGGUUCCUGUCUCCUCCACCUUUAAACCUCCAUGUUUGUCCUGCAGGUCAGCCCUACAACCAGUUGGCCAUCCUGGCCUCCUCUAAAGGAGACCACCUCACCACCAUCUUCUACUACUGCCGCAGCAUCGCCGUCAAGUUCCCGUUCCCAGCAGCCUCCACCAACCUGCAGAAGGCCCUGUCCAAGGCCCUGGAGAGGUGAGAACCAGGACUACAGUGAACCACAUCCUCCUCCUCAUCUACUGCUGCUGAGUUUAGAUCAGAGCAGAGUGAAGAUGUUUGAAGGUCGAAGUAUUUUCAGGAAACAUCAGCUGAGACUCAGAGAGACUUUAGAGACGGACUGGACCUUUGAGUCCUUCUUUAGACCCGUUUGUCCCCCUCAGUCUGACCCUCCUGUCCUCCCUCUGUGUCUCUGCAGUCGUGACGAGGUGAAAACCAAGUGGAGCGUGUCGGAUUUCAUCCGAGCCUUCAUCAAGUUUCACGGUCACGUCUACCUGAGUAAGAGUCUGGACAAACUGGACGCCCUGAGGGAGAGGCUGGAGGAGCAGUUUCAGGUAAAACUCUGAGACCCGGUUUAGAUCUCAGACCUUCAUCCUGACCCUGUAAACGGGUUUUUAAAGUAUCCUGACCCUGUUUUUUGGUCCUGCAGAGGCUGAUCCUGCAGAAAGCCUUCAGCUCUCAGCAGCUGGUCCACAUCACCGUCAUCAACCUGUUUGAGCUCCAUCACCUCAGAGACCUGACGGCGGACGGCGGCGGCGAGCAGAGCUACAGCAGCGAGCAGCAGAUCAGCUGGUUCCAGCUGCUCGGACUCUUCAGUAAGAACCGGUCCCACUACAGAACCGAGAGCGGCUCUGAAGACCCCCCUCUAAUCAUCACUCUUUGACUUCCUGUCCCCUCAGUGUCCUUCCUGGGCGUCAUGUGCAGCCGCGCUCUGCUCAACAGGAGCCGGGGGGAGGAGAUCAUGGGGGAGUGUCCUCUGCCCGCCAUCAAAGUCUCUCUGGAUUGGCUCAAGCUGAGGCCCAGCGUCUUCCACGAGUCCGCCGUGGAUCAGAGGCAGCAGUAAGUCCUCUGAUGGUGUCUGUACUGUGUGGUUACCGUGGUAACAGGUGUGUAACUCCGCCCUCUCUGUACCUGUGCCUCAGUAUCUGGCCCUGGCUGGUCUCCAUCCUCAACAGUUUCCAGCCCAAAGAGGACGACCUGUCCUGUUCCUCAGGUAGGACUCGCCCGGUUCAGUUAUUCAGUUAUUGAUCCAUCAGAAUUACAGGUGACUCAUUUCCUGUUACCCACCAAAAUAAAAGCCUCUCUGUCUGCUGUGAAUCAUGUGACCGCACAGACGGCGUUUUUUUCAGAUCCUUUAAACUGGAGGUGUGUUUGUUUUCUCCACAGUGACGCCCCUGCCUGAGGAGUUUGAGCUGCAGGGUUUCCUGGCGCUGCGACCCGCUCUCAGGUACCCAAUCAGUGAGCGAAUAAACCAAACAGACAGGCCGUCAAGACGUGGUCAUGAUCGGGGGUGUCGACUAACUGUUCGGCUCACCUGCUGAAUAUCUGCCGGACAAAUAAUAACAGUCCUUUUUAUGUUAAAUAUACGUGUGUUUAGGUACUUUUCAUCGAGGUAACAGGAUCAUAUUACAGUUUAUAAUUAGAAAAGAGACCAAAAUAUUUUCAAAAUAAACUCUAAUCUGAUUAAUCCAAUAUUCUAACCUGAAAUCAUCACAAUACAACAAAGACUGAUGUUGUGUGUUCAGAGUGGAGCUCGGCCUCAAAGAUCAAACCAACUAAACAACUUUAGCAACUUUAGCAACUUUAGCAACUUUAGCCCUCCUACAGUGUUCACACGCUGAGGUCACAUGAUGUAAAAUGUCACGAUUAGCUCAGGCUGAUAACUAGUGGUGCAACGAAUCAUCAUUGAUCCGUGAUCCGUUCGGAUCGACGUAUUCGGUUCGGCACACAUGUGAUCCGCGGAUCGAUUUCUGAAAGCGGAGAAAGGAGGAGCUCGAACGCCCCGCGACACUUAAAUCCCCUGUAUGGGAGCAUUUUGGCCUCCCUGUCAAUUAUGAUGAAGAAGGAAAGAGGUCAGUGUACAAAACUGCGACGGAGUGUAGGCACUGUGGCAUAAGAAAGCCAUAUGACAGUGGAAACACAUCGAGCAUGUUCACGCAUUUGAAGCGACAUCACCCGGGUGUUUUACUGACAGGUGUUGUGCCGUAGAUUGCACCCCUGCCGUAGAACGCACCCCCUGCAUCCCCUCCACCCGUUAGCUUCUUAAAGUGGAGAUAAUGAUCUCAUAUUUGAUAUGAAUAGCCUGAAUGAAAUUAUUAAAGGCAAACGCUGUUGAAUCCAUCCAACGUAAGGAAAACUUGUAUUAUUUCGCCUUGUUAUGUACUUUCAACCGCGCUCCCGUUAGGGGGUGCACUAUACGGCAGGGGUGCAUUCUUUGGCAUAACACCUGAGAUAAAACGAAAGCUGCCCAACAACCGCUCAUCACCGCAGCAUUUAAGCAGCCUCUUCCUGCGCAAUCCGACCAGGCUAAAGCUUUCACAAACUCUAUCGGUGUGUUUAUAGCUGCAGACAUGAGGCCGUAUUCAGUUGUGCAAAACGAGGGCUUUAAAAACAUGCUGAAAGUGCUUGAGCCACGUUACGACAUCCCAUCGCGCACACACUUCAUUUUUUUUUCAUUGUUACAUUUUAAAGGAAGGAGAUAUGCCUGUAUAUUGUACUUUAAGUUGUUUUUCAUUAAUAAUUAUGUUAAAAAGAAGAUAUUAUGCCCUGUGCACUACUUUUAAUCAGCUGAAUCUUCAAAGACGUUCAUACAGAGUGAGACUAACGAGGCUGCAGUCGGUGUUUCUGACGUCUCCAUGUCUCACGUCUGUCUGUGUCUCAGGUCCCUGGACUUCUCCAAAGGUCAUCAGGGGAUCCUGGUGGACAGAGACGGUCUGCCCGUCCACGCCCGACACCAGAGACUCAUCAGUCUGGGGAAGUGGGUCGCCGACAACCAGCCGGGGUGAGUGUCGUCCCGUCUGCUCCUCCACAGUCUUUUCACUGAGCCGCUCUGAGUCCUGACGUCUCCUCUCCUCAGGCUGAUCCAGUGCAGAGUGAGCGAGGACGGCCUCCUCGUCUUCAUCACUGACAUUCCAGAGCAGGCCAUCGAGGAGCCGCAGGAGAAGGAGGCGCCGGUGCUACAGGAGUCCUCCAACGGCGAA